GGACAACUUUGGUAUUGUUCACUAGUAGACCAGCUGAUUUCACCUAAUCUUUCUCCAUGUUAGAGAUUUGAAAGGUUGAACUUUGCUUAUAAAUAAUUUAAUUCUGAUGAGUUAAAUCCUAAACUAGAUGUAGAGUUUAAACUCCUUGUUCAACAUUUCAUAGCCUUUCUUUCUUUCAUUAUCUCUGGAGUUGUUCAAAACAUAUGAUGAACCUGGUUGUCUAUCCUGUUUGAGUUGUCUUUUUUUGAUUUUAAUUCCCUUUUUGUGUACACUUAAUUAUGGAUCAUCUGCACAAUGGGAGUAAAGUAAGGAAAAGGAUAAUCAAAUUAACCAUAUUGUCAUCUGAAAGCCUGAAAUGAAAUGGAAAUAAUAAGAAAGAUCUAGUGUAAUCCAGAUCAUUUCAUCCGGAUUAGCAGAAUGCUGCGAAUUUUCAGAAAGAGAAGUAAAAUUCUCUAUGUAACCUGGUUGCUGGGAUUAGUGUUUUUAACUGGAUCAUUCUACUAUGUGUUUUCAUUCCGCAAUGCUUCAGAAAAAGAUCGACUUCAGAGCAGUUUUCGUCUCACUAGUGAAAUACAUACGCGGUUACAAGAACUGGAAGGUGGCCUAAAAGAAAAUCGUAUUCUUCUCGAUGAUAUCCGUAACAAUAUUGCACAAGUUUCAAAAUCUCUUCACAUUAAAUUCUAUCAGCAUCCUGAUCAAAAAGUUUUAGUACCUUUAAAAUAUUGUGAGAAAUCAGCAGAAGAGGAACAAAAUUACAAGAACGGUUUUAACUUAACGAUGGAAGAUGUUUAUAACAUGAAUAAUUUUGAAAAUGUUAAUGGAGGAGUUUGGACGCAAGGUUGGGAUAUUCAGAUUAACCAAAGCCGUUGGAUUGAGGAUAAAUUGAAAAUUUUUGUCGUGCCACACUCUCAUUGUGAUCCAGGCUGGUUGAAAACGUUUGACCAAUACUUUCGCGAUCAAACCCGGCAUAUAUUGAAUAACAUAUUGAAAAAGCUUCAAGAGGAUCCAAGUCUUAAAUUUAUUUGGGCAGAGACCAGUUUUUUUGCUGCUUGGUGGGACAUUUUGAAAAGUGAAGAUGAUCGAGAAGCAAUAAAAACUCUUUUGGAUAAUGGACAGCUAGAAAUUGUUACCGGUGGAUGGGUUAUGAAUGAUGAAGCCAAUACCCAUUAUUUUGCAAUGAUAUCUCAAAUGGUUGAUGGUCAUGAAUGGUUGAAAAAUGUUUUAAAUUAUAAACCACGUUAUGGCUGGGCCAUUGAUCCUUUUGGUCUUUCACCAACAAUGGCCUUCCUGUUGAAAAAAAUGGGUCUCAAAGCAAUGGUUAUCCAGCGAGUUCAUUAUUCUAUCAAAAAAUACCUUGCCCAGAAACAAUCACUUGAAUUCAAAUGGCGGCAAUAUUGGGAAACAAACAAUGUACCCAAAGAUGAUAUCUCUUGUCACAUUGAACCUUUUUAUUCUUACGAUGUACCACACACCUGUGGACCAGAUCCAAAAGUAUGCUGUCAAUUUGAUUUCAAACGUUUACCACCAAACAGAUUACACUGUCCAUGGAAAGUUCCUCCUCAAAGGAUAACCGAUCAAAAUAUAGCUCAACGUGCGGCAAUGCUUGUUGAACAAUAUCGUAAAAAGGCUACGCUUUACAGAAAAAAUUCCCUUCUUGUUCCAUUAGGUGAUGAUUUUCGGUUUGACAAGUUGGUUGAAUGGGACAACCAAGUAACUAACUAUCAGAAACUCUUUGACUACAUCAAUGCCAAAACGGAUUGGAAUAUUGAGAUUAAAUGGGGAACUCUAUCUGAUUACUUUGAAUCUUUUGAUGAUUCUGAUUUGCCUGCACUUAGUGGAGAUUUUUUCACAUACGCCGAUCGUGAUGACAAUUAUUGGAGUGGUUUUUACACUACUCGACCUUACUUCAAGCGUUUAGACCGCAUCUUAGAAAGUUAUGUUCGUGGAGCAGAAAUACUAUUCUCUAUUGGAUCAAUGCUUUCUGAUAUUGAUGCAACAGUCAAAGACAGAUUGUCAAAUGCCUUAAAUGUAGCUCGUACUAAUUUAGCCAUUUUUCAACACCACGACGGUAUCACCGGUACAGCAAAAGACCCAGUGGUUAAUGAUUAUGGAUUUAGAAUGAUCACUUCUCUUCAAAAUUGCCAAGCCAUAAUUAGCACAAUGAGCUUCUACCUUUUGCAUCUUCCUUUAACCGAACAAAACACUGUGCCAUUAACAAUGAUCGAUCUCUUUCCAAAUCAUAAUUUAUUAUUGCCCAUCAAAGAUGUGAUACAGAUUAAUGACCAGUCACCUAGACAUUUAGUAAUUUACAAUUCACUUGGUAUGCAAAGAAAAGAGCUUAUUUGUAUAUUAAUACCCAAAAAUAUCUCUAAUUGGAUUAUACGAGAUCAUAACGGAAAAAUGGUUGAAGAAGUACAAGUUAAUCAAGCUUGGGAUUACACAACACUUCUAGAUGAUAUUGCUGAAGCAUGUUUCUUUGCAGAUCUAGAACCACUAUCAUUAGUUCAAUACACCAUCGAAAAAUCUGACACCAAUUCUAGCUAUGAAUCGAGUACUAAUUUUUUGUACAAUUUUCCUGACGAUCCAAAAUCUCCUCCUGCUGCCAUGGAACUAGAAAUGGAAGGUGUCAAAUUACUUUUCAAUGGAGCUGACGGAAUGCUUCGUAAAGUAAUCUUACACCAAGGAGAUUUUUUCAAAACUCUUGAUUUACGAUUAAAAUUUAUGUUUUACGGGACAAGAGCAGGGAACAAAAAGGUUGAAAAAAGUGGCGCUUAUUUGUUUCUUCCUGAUUCAGCUGAAGCUCAAGACAUGGCUUACUCCAAGCCCUUAAUAAGAAUCACUGAUGGACCAUUGGUUAGCCGAAUGGAGAUAUUAAUUGACAAUGCAAUGAAAUUAAGACAUCAAAUAACAUUAGUCCGAGGAAAACCUUAUUUCGAGAUUGAAAAUGAAUUCCAUAUGGUUAAAGGUUCCUUUGAUAAUAAGGAACUUCUGCUGAGAUUUUUCUCUGAUGUUCAAAAUGAUAAUACUUUUUAUACAGAUCUGAACGGUUUUCAGAUGGUUAAACGUAAAUGGUUUGAAAAACUCCCGGUUCAAGGAAAUGUUUACCCAAUGCCUAGUCUCAUGUACAUAGAAGAUGCUUGGACCCGAUUAAAUAUACUUUCAGCUCAACCCUUAGGCGUAACUAGUCAACAUCCAGGAAUGAUUGAUAUCUUCUUAGAUCGUCGUUUACUUCAAGAUGAUAAUAGAGGGGUCGGACAAGGUGUUACCGAUCAUCGACGAACUCGUGAAAAAUUCCGUGUUGCCAUUGAAAAUCGAGGCCUAAAUUCACUCAAGCCAACAAGCCAUGUACAGCGAGAGCUGUUAAAACUUCUCAAUGAACCUUUUCUUAUGCAAAGCUAUGCUUCCAGUAACCAUGGAGAGGUACAGUUUAUGCCUUCUUCAUUACCAUGUGAUGUUCACCUUCUUAACUUUCGAAGCGAUUUAAGUACUUUGAAUGAAUUUUAUUUAUUUCUCCAUCGUUUUGGUUCAACCUGCGAGUCUCAGUGUCCAUCAUCUCACCCAUUCACUUUACUUCCUCAUCUUUCACGCAACAUUAUCAGUGCUAUUCAGCCAACCAUGUCCUCACUCAGCCUGUCAUUGAAUCAUGUUUUGAAUUCAAAUCUCAACAUUUCCAGUCAUCAAAUUAAUUUGGACCAAAUGGACUUUGCUGUUUUUUCACUAAAAUUGAAAUAGAGUAUAAUUUCAACAAAAAAAGGAUUGCUUUAAUUUGCAACAUUGUGACUCAAAACAUCAUUCAAGAGAUUAAUUUACACAAUUUUCAAUUGGUAGACUUUCAUUAAUUAUUAUUAAUUUAACUAUCAAGUAUUUUAUAUGAUAAAAAGUCUGUGAUAAAAGUUUAUCAUUUUGUUUUAAAUUAAAAAGUGCAAAUUAUAUUCUAAAA